UGUUGGAAAUGCUGCAGUAAAUUUCAGCACGGUCAUGAUUACCAACGUGGUGUUUUUAUUCUUAUUUUGCGUUCUCAUUCAGGAAUCCAACCAAACUUUGCAGGAGGACAUUUCAAAACAGCUGAAUAAGUCAAAUCGAGCUGUGCAAACUUUGUCGAGGAGGAGGCGUUAUCUAACUUUCCCUGAAGGAAGUUCCCUACAACUCGUUUACUGUUUAACGAUACCGUCAGUAGGAGUUGGUGAAAUUUUCACUUUUGGUGCUACUGCUGCUCUCGCUUGGGAACUACCAAGUGAACCAGAAGAUUUACUUCUGAAGCAUUUCAAGAAAACCACUACAGAACCACCGACAACACCGCAUCAUCACUAUAUCGAACAUGACGAUACAUUUUUCACAGACCAUCAUCCUUCAAAAAGAAUAGAUGACUCCUCCAAUUACUUUCCAGAUGGCUGGCCGGACGAAAACAAGGGAUUUCCUGGAUCUGUCAAGAGUUAUUAUAACCCGUUUCUCGUAAAAAAAUUACCGGUUUAUGGAUACUCCCCUGCAUUCACUCCCGGUAUAUCGCAAUAUAAAGAGAGGAAGACGGCAAAUGGAAAGUCUUCAUAUUACAGGGAAAACAGCAGUGGUUUUGGAAACGAACCCUUUCCAAACUAUGUCCAUCCCGUAUAUCAUGAUAUCCACAGAAGAACCAGACGUGAUUUGUAUGGAAAAAUCGAGAAAUUGUUCACAGCGUUAAGUAAAGAUGGCAGAGCGUGUAUAAUGAAAGCAAUAUGUGAAGUUAGUCAAGUACCUGAAGGAAAAGGCACACUGAUGGAAGAAAUUAUGAAAGCAAUUUUCAGGAUCAAACCACAUGAGGAAUAUACAGACGAAGAUGAUUACGACAGAGCUGCAAAUAAAAAUCAUGAUUGUAAUGCACAAUACCCCUCUUGUGAGAAUUCUGUGUGGACAAAUAUGUUUUGAAGACAAUAAAUAUAGCUGUUAGAUA